UUGGUCGUGACGUCAUCCACAGGCGACAAAAGUGUUUUCUCAAGAGCCUUCGUUGUAGAAAAGAGUUCUCAAUUCAUUUCAGCUAAAAACAAAGGAAUGAGCUCAAAGUAAAAUAGGCCUAAUACCAGAACUACCAAGGUGGCCCAAUUGAAACAUGGCCACUCAGAGGGUACUCCCGCAAAGCAAAGAGACGCUUCUACAGAACUACAACAAGAGGCUGCGAGAUGACAUCCGGUCUAUUCUGGACAAUUUCACAGAAAUAAUCAAGACCGCAAAGGUUGAGGAUGAGACCCAGGUGUCAAGGGCCACACAGGGGGAGCAGGACCACUAUGAGAUGCAAGUCAGAGCGGCCAACAUUGUCCGUGCAGGCGAGUCGCUGAUGAAACUGGUGUCGGACCUGAAGCAGUUCCUGAUCCUGAACGACUUCCCGUCUGUGAAUGAGGCCAUCAGUCUUCGUAACCAGCAGCUCCGCUCACUCCAGGAGGAGUGUGACAAAAAGCUAAUCUCCCUACGCGACGAGAUUGCCACAGAUCUCUACGAGCUCGAGGAAGAGUAUUACUCCUCCAGCUGUGGACAGUGGGACGGGGUAGAGCUGCCGUUGUGUGAGGCGUUUCGCAGGAGGGACAGCUGGGGAUUCCUGGACACCUCAUCUGAACCUGGCAACAGCAGCACAGAAGAAGCAGAGCGUGCCACCCCCUCCUCAGCGCAGGAAGCUGCUCCACGUCACCUCAACGGCCACGGAGCAGCUGGCACAGGGGACCAGUGCUGAUGCCAACCUUGGAUUGAGUUGUUUGACGGGGAUCAGACAAAGCCACAAGGACUUUGAUAGAGUAAGCUAGAUGCUGGAUUGGACUCUGUAUAUUUCCACACUCAGUCCUUCAGCUUACAGUAGUAUUAAUGUGCUGCUGCAUGGCAGCAUCUCCAUAUUUUAGAAUGGAAUAUUAUAACUCUAUAUAGAACUUGUGGUGUCAGAUUUGAUAAGGAAUAUUACUUUCUUGUCAUUCCAUGAGAUAUUUCAUAGUAAACUACGUUUGGAGUUAUGUUCUCAAUCCUCACAUAAGGGCAUUAGGCCAUGGAUCUUUUUUGUCUGUACUCAAACACUGGCACAUGGUAAUGCCAUUAGUUUUUGUUCAUCUGUAUACAAAAUGUGUUGGUCUUUGUUUACAUUAUUGUGAAAGCUUUUCACAAGCUUUUUAUUUUCAGAAGUAUUUCAAAUGACAGAUGGUGUACGACAGCCUGGAGAGAUGUCUUUAGGACCAUGAAAA